UUUCCAUGGCCAUAAGCUCUUUCUCUCUCCUAUGGGGAGGUGAGAGGAGCCUGGGGCCUCUCUAUAUAAAGCCCCGUCUCUUCCUGAUAUUUCUCUGUUCACGUCCUCGUCUGCUCCGCCACGUCCGUCGUCGGCCCCGCCGCUCCCGCCCCCGUUGCACCAGCGUCAAGGCGGAGAAAAAAAGUGUCGUUUCGCAGAGGCGGGGCCGUCGAAGGGAGGAGAGGAUAAGGGUCCAUUAUGUCGCUUUACGAGACUCGUUUCUCCGUAAUGGAUUCCUCCGUCCUCGGAGCUCUCCUCGCAUUUUUCUUAGGGCUUGCUCUUCUCUACAUUCUCUGCCAUAAGACGACUAAGACGGAGAAGAAGAAGGAGGAGAAUGUCGGCUCAGGUGGUAAUUUUGAGAUCAGAGACCCAAGCGGUGACGGAGAAUGCCGGCCGGUGAACGCCUCCGCCACCGACGUCAUCAUCGUCGGCGCCGGCGUCGCCGGUUCCGCCCUCGCUCAUACCCUUGGCAAGGAGGGACGACAAGUUCAUGUCAUUGAACGGGACUUGACAGAACCAGAUAGGAUUGUAGGUGAACUGCUACAGCCAGGGGGGUACCUCAAACUUAUUGAACUGGGCCUCGAGGAUUGUGUGCAAGAAAUUGAUGCCCAGCGGGUCCUUGGAUAUGCUCUUUUCAAGGAUGGGAAAAAUGCUAGACUUUCUUAUCCCUUAGAAAAAUUUCAUUCAGAUGUGGCAGGGAGGAGCUUCCACAAUGGGCGUUUCAUACAAAGGAUGAGAGAAAAAGCUUCCACUCUGCCCAACGUAUGGAUGGAGCAAGGAACAGUAACCUCUCUGCUUGAAGAAAAUGGGACUAUUAAGGGAGUUCAGUACAAAACUAAAACUGGUCAAGAAGUUAAAGCAUAUGCUCCUUUGACAAUUGUCUGUGAUGGUUGCUUCUCAAAUUUGCGUCGUUCUCUUUGCAACCCCAAGGUAGAUGUGCCUUCUUGUUUUGUUGGCUUGGUCUUGGAGAACUGUGAACUGCCAUUUGCAAAUCAUGGGCAUGUUAUUUUAGGAGAUCCUUCGCCUGUCUUGUUUUAUCCUAUCAGCAGUACUGAAGUUCGCUGUUUGGUAGAUGUUCCUGGUCCAAAAGUACCUUCAAUUGCUAAUGGUGAAAUGGCAAAGUAUUUGAAGACUGUGGUGGCACCUCAGAUUCCACAUGAGCUUCAUGAUGCUUUUAUAUCUGCAAUUGAUAGAGGAAAUAUCAGAACCAUGCCAAAUAGGAGUAUGCCAGCUGAUCCUCAUCCAACUCCUGGAGCCUUAUUGAUGGGUGAUGCUUUCAACAUGCGCCAUCCUCUUACUGGUGGAGGAAUGACUGUUGCUUUGUCUGAUACUGUUGUGUUACGGGAUCUUCUUAAACCACUGCAUGACCUGAAUGACGCAGCUUCUUUGUGCCAGUAUCUUGAAUCCUUUUACACCUUGCGAAAGCCAGUGGCAUCUACCAUAAAUACUUUGGCAGGUGCCCUAUAUAAGGUGUUUUGUGCAUCCCCAGAUCCUGCAAGGAAGGAGAUGCGUCAAGCGUGUUUUGAUUAUUUAAGCCUUGGAGGGGUUUGUGCGACAGGACCAGUGGCUUUACUUUCUGGACUAAACCCUCGCCCGCUGAGCUUAGUUUUCCAUUUUUUCUCCGUGGCUAUAUAUGGUGUUGGACGUCUGUUACUGCCAUUUCCUUCGCCUAAACGCCUUUGGAUUGGAGCUAGAUUGAUUUCGGUAUGUACUCAUCUUUCUAAAUUGAUGUGUCUAGAAUGCAGGUUUGUGCUAACAUCCUGCUUGCCUUCUGUUCCUUGGUCGAUUGCCUUCGCAUCAAUGAUGGUUACCACUUUUUAAUUCCUGUGACACUGGGUUUUUGGGCCUUCUUACUAAAGAAAUCUCAAAUGUGAUUUCUGCUGAAUCUGGCAAGCUGUUUGAUAAUGUAUCUGUGCAAGUUGCCUCCAUUUUUUUUUUUUUAAUUUUUAUGCUGCUGCUCAUUUCAGUCUGUUCUUGUUAAUCAUUGUUAUUUGUUUGUUUUUGGUUUUUUAUUAACUGUUUUCUUUUCUUUUUUUGUUUUGGCUUUUUCUUGAGCAUAGUAAUUCAUAAAAGUAAUGCCCUGGCUUUGCCUUUUUGCAGGAGUUGUAAAAUACAUUAUUCAUGCCUUUUAAUAAGCAUUUAGUGUUUCUUGUUUGAUUUGGGGUUGCUGAUGUGUAAUGAUCUCUAGUCAAUCUCAAAUUCAAAAUAUAUUAAUACAAUUUGUUCUUUUUAAAAUUUCAAUGUUAAUCUUGCUUUUGGAAACGAAAGUGGCAUGUUUAACUUUCCUAAAAGCAAGAAAGAGCACUUACUGAAGUUCCUUGAAAUUUAGGCUAAAUGAUAUCCCAAGAGCAAGAAGAUAGAAAAACACUAACACAAACUUAUAUAGAUGGAAUGAGAUUUCUGCUGUACUGUGCUCAUUGAUGUAUUCUUGUUCCAGGGUGCCUCGGGUAUCAUUUUUCCAAUCAUAAAGGCGGAAGGGGUGAGGCAAAUGUUCUUUCCGGCAACCGUACCAGCAUAUUAUAGGGCUCCUCCUGUGAAUUGAGGUCUUAAGGUGUGUGGGAUUGUUGUUGUCGAGAUAAGCUUGUAAGGUUCUAGCGGCAACCGCCCAUCUAAAAGCUAAUGAUGAUUGCACCCAUUACUCUCUAUGGUAAACUACAUACAGCCACAUUAGUUUUUAGAUGGCUAGAAACAGUUGUCGAGGUAUGUGAACGAUGGAUAUCUAAGAACUGCAAAUAUGUAAGUCUGAUAUUUAAGAACUGCAAAUAUGUAAUUCGACACAAGUUCCCACUUGAAAUAUAUCUCGAGUGAAAAUUUCUCCUUUCUUCA